GGAGCUGGAAACGCGCGGCGGCUCACACACACACACACACAGGCUGCGAAGCUCAGGGCGUGUUUUUUUCUGCUGUGGGUGUUUCCCAAGCCGGCCGUGGGCGGUAACGCUCCCCCGCUCCUGCGAUUGAGGCUCCAACGGUUCGUGGGAAAGAAGUUCAGAGGGAUUUGUAAAGUCACCCAGCGAAGGCUACCUGAGCGCACACGCUCCACCGACGACACAUUCAGGAAAAAACCCAUUAUCACGAUGAAGAGGCCUUGUGAGGAUACUACGUCUGACAGCGACAUGGAUGAAACUAUUGAUGUUGGCAGCGAAAACAAUUAUUCUGGGCAAAGUAGCGGUUCAUUCAUAAGAUGCAGUUCACCCACAACAACUUCACAAGUAAUGGCCCGGAAGAAAAGAAGAGGGAUAAUCGAAAAGAGACGUAGGGACCGGAUAAAUAACAGUUUAUCUGAAUUGCGUCGACUGGUCCCAACAGCAUUUGAAAAACAGGGCUCUGCCAAAUUGGAAAAAGCGGAAAUAUUGCAGAUGACAGUGGAUCACCUGAAGAUGCUCCAAGCUACCGGCGGCAAAGGGUAUUUCGACGCUCACGCUCUGGCCAUGGACUUCAUGAGCAUCGGUUUCAGGGAGUGUCUGACGGAGGUGGCCCGCUACCUGAGCUCCGUGGAGGGCCUGGAGUCGGGGGACCCCCUGCGCGUGCGCUUGGUGUCCCACCUGAGCAGCUGUGCGUCCCAGCGCGAGGCGGCCGCCAUGACCAGCUCCAUGGCCCACCACCACCACCACCACCCCCAGGCCCUGCACCCGCACCACUGGGCCGCUGCGGCCGCCGCGGCUGCCCUCCACCCCAUCCCCGCCGCCGCCUUCCUCCCCAACGGACUCCCCCCGUCCCCGUCCGAGGCGGCCUCCGGCAGGCUCUCGGACGUCCCCCAGCGGGGCUCGGCGCUGCUCACCGCCGCCUUCUCCUCGUCCUCGUCUUCCUCCUCCUCCACCACCACCUCCACCUCCAACGCCUCCGCAUCACACUCCGACGCCACGCUCAGGGCGCCCUCUACGGGCAGCGUGGCGCCGUGCAUGCCCCCGCAGAUCUCCACCUCCCUGCUGUCUCUCUCGGCCACCGUGCACGCCGCUGCCGCGGCUGCUGCCGCCCAGACCUUCCCCCUCUCCUUCCCAGGGGGGUUCCCCAUCUUCACGCCCAGCAUGACGGCCGGCACGUCCAGCGGCCACGCAGCGCAGGCCCACAGCCCCUCCAUAUCCACUAGCACAUCCGCCUCCCAGCAGAGCAGCAGCAGCAGCAGUGGCGGCGGCAGUGGCAGUAGUAAACCGUAUCGGCCCUGGGGGACUGAAGUGGGGGCCUUCUAAGCUUGUCGAGGAAAAAGAAAGUGUUCUCCCACCCCCCCCCCACCCCCCCGAAUUCUUGGUGUGGUUGAAAGUCCUCCACACUUUGUAGAUAAAGGAUGGGGGGGAAAAACUUACUCGUUGGUCUGAGUUUUUUUUUUUUAAUCAAAUGCCUAUGAACUUGUUUGUUUGUGUGUUUUUGUUCUGGUCUACAAGUUUUUUUUUUUAAUCUUGUGACUGCGACAUCAAAAACAUGAGCAAUUUGACCCCUGAGGAGUGAGAAAAUCCCCAGAUGUUUGUUUUUUUUCCUUCAAAUGUUUUACACUACAGAGGACAAACCAUAGCAAAAUGGUUAUAUUACUCCAGAAUAAAUCUCUGUUCCUGAGAUUUUUUGAAAGAAUCGGUCGCUCACCAUUUGUUCCAGUGUUUGGUGGACAUUUCUUCCCAGCUAAAUCGAUUUUCCCCAGGUCAUACCCAUGUUCUUGUGAGUUAGGAGACAGCAUGUCACAGUUUUCAUAUCAUCGAAAAAACCCUAAUGUAUGUUUUUUAAAAAAAAAGCUUGACCAGAUAGACUUAGUGGGCAUUAAGUUGUAUUAAUACAUAGCACUCUGUUGUCUUCUAUUGAACACACACACAUGUUGCACAAUCUGUGUGGUGUUUGAAGGGAAGACAACAAAUAUCUUACCGGCAAACCAAAGUAUUUUUAUGAUAAUCAGCUGGCUAAAGUAUGAAUCAAUGCAGUGUGUUUUUGUAAACUAAAUCAUUUAACUAACAAAAACGAAAAAGUCUGUAAAUAUGUAUAUGUUUGGGAAAGAUAAAGUAGAAUUUAUAUUGAAAUUAGAGAACAUUUAUAUCGGUAUGAUGCACUUCAAUCACUGCUGUUUCGGAAGGGACAGGAGCUUUUCCAACAAAACACUAAAGUUAUAACAAAACUGACAGACCCACAAAGAAAAGUAAGCACUCUUUUGUUAUGUUUUUUUUCCUCCAACAUUUUUUCCUGUUCAACGAUACUACUGUACUUUUUUUUUUUCAUUUUUUGGAAAAAUAUAUAGUACCCUGUUUCUGUUAAAUGUAACAGUUUUCUAUGCAAACAAAACCACUCCAGAUGUCACUGAUUAAAUAUGAUGUUUUUUGAAACUC